CAUCUCUAGUUUCCAACAUUUUUUAGUAAACAUAUUAGUAUAGUAUAGCAUUUAUAAGCGUGGUUUAAUAAUUUAUACACAAAAUGAGUGCUGCAGCAGCCGCCUCUGGAAUUCAGAGCACAGCGGGUGCCAUCCCAAUGCGCAAUGAAAAGGGUGAACUGUCCAUGCAAAAGGUGAAGGUGCAACGGUACAUAUCAGGAAAGCGCCCCGAUUACGCCAGAGCGGACUCCAGUUCGGAGGAAAGCGACGAGGAUGACUUCAUUGACACCAGAAAGCGUCUGGAGCGCCAUAAGGCUGAACGUCACAAGUUGGAGCUUUCCCGUCGAGGAGGAAGUGGAGAGGGAGAGGAACGUGCUGCGGGAGAAGGCCUGGAAGAUGAAGAUGCCGAGGUGGACGAUCCCCGUCUUCGAAGAUUGCGCCAACGGCCCGUAGACAUGGAAGACAUGGAGCGCGAGCGUAGGGAACGCCACCGACACAUCCACGAACCGGAAAUCAUGGAGAGCGACAGCGAGGACGAGGAAGUAGACGAGGAGGCGCAAGGAACCAUUGAGCGUGGCACCAACAAAAUCACACUAGCCUCCGAAUCCGACACAGAUGCAGAGCUCAGUGACACAGAGCUUGAGAAUCGGCGCACUAAGCUCAGAGCUCGGAUGCUGCAGCAACAACGCGAAGAGGAGGUGCUACAGAAAGAGGAUGAAAAACAGUCUGAGUCCUCAGAGUCAGAGAGCUCAGAGUACGAAGAGGAGACGGAAAGCGAGGAGGACAAUGAACCCCGCCUGAAACCGCUCUUUGUCCGAAAAAGAGAUCGUGCCACCAUUCAGGAAAAGGAGCGGGAAGCUCAAAAGCAAAAGCAGCUAGAGGCGGAAGCCAAGCGGGCGGCCAAGGAGCGGAGAAGAGCCACUCUGCGAAUGGUCGAGGAGAGCGUCAAAAAGGAUCUAGAAAAGACAAAGCCAGAGACCAACGAAGCAUGUAUCGAUGAUGUGUGCACGGAUGACGAGAAUGAUGAGGUAGAGUACGAGGCCUGGAAGCUGCGUGAACUCAAGAGGAUGAAGAGGGAUCGCGAGGAGCGUGAUAAUAACGAACGCGAAAAGCUUGACAUCGAUCGAAUGCGCAACAUGACCGAGGAGGAACGACGCCAAGAGCUGCGCCAGAACCCUAAGAUGGUCACCAACAAGGCUACCAAGGGCAAAUACAAGUUCCUGCAGAAGUACUAUCAUCGUGGUGCCUUCUACCUGGACGAGGAGAACGAUGUACUGAAACGGGACUUUGCACAGGCCACGCUGGAGGAUCACUUCGAUAAGACUAUCCUUCCCAAGGUGAUGCAAGUGAAGAACUUCGGUCGCUGCGGUCGCACCAAGUACACGCAUUUAGUGGACCAGGACACCACCAAAUUCGAUUCGCCCUGGUACGCCGAAUCCUCCAGUAACAUCAAGUUCCAUAACGAACGUGCCGGCGGAAUGAGGCAGCAAUUCGACAAGCCCACGGGAUCGAAGCGAAAGAAGAUGGAGUAGUUAGUAAUUAUGCAGUACGUAUAUAUGAUGUAUUUGACAGGCCAAAGGAAUGUAACAACAAAAUUCGCAAGGUCCACAAUAGGGAAGCAACCUCAAGAAACAUUAAACAAAAAAUAUAUAAUACAAAAACUGA